AUGGAGACUAAAGUCCAAAACCUGAAAGAAGAUGGAGUUUUCACAAGGCAGUUGGAAUUCUGUAAUUGUUCUAAGGGCACCUCCCGUGUCUUCUCCAGAACCGGCAACAUUCUGAAACAGUUUGUUGGCCUUUCUGCGUACUGGGCUGAACAGCUGAAUGAUCCAAAUGAAGAUACGGAAUGGAAUGAUGUUUUGAGAGAUUUUGGGAUUCUGCCCCCCAAAGAAGAAGUUAAAGAUGAAAUUGAAGAAAUGGUUUUACGUUUACAAAAAGAAGCUGAAGUGAAACCAUAUGAAAAAAUGAAUCUGAAACAACUCAAAGAAGCUGAAGAUGAAUUUAAUGAAGAAGAUAUGAAAGCUGUUGAAAUGUACAGGAAACAACGUUUAGAAGAAUUAAGAUCUUUACAGAAGCAACAAAAAUAUGGAGAACUUGUAGAAAUUUCUGGUGAGCAGUAUGUGAAAGAAGUUUCAAAUGCAGGAAAAGAUAUAUGGGUUGUCAUCCACUUGUACAGAUCAAGCAUUCCCAUGUGUUUAUUGAUUAAUAGACACCUCAGCAUACUGGCUACAAAGUUUCCUGAAACCAAGUUUCUUAAAUCCAUCGCUAACAGCUGUAUUGAAAACUACCAUGACAGCUGUUUACCUACAUUAUUUGUAUAUAAAAAUGGAGAAAUAAAGGGCAAGUUGAUUGGAAUCACAGAAUGUGGAGGAAUGCAAAUUACAGCUGAAGAACUUGAAUGGAAGUUGGCAGAGCUCGGUGCUGUGAAAACAGAUUUAGAAGAAAACCCCAGGAAGGAUGUUGUUGAUAUGAUGACUUCCUUACUCAAGAAAGCUUCUAUAAAUUCUAACUAG